AUCUAAGAACAACAGUAACUCUGUGUUUGAGGGAAGAAUCACCAUCUCAAACUAGAUUAAUUGAAAUAUAACCAUGUCUUACUACGAAACAGUCGAGGACAUCGAAGAGAGCGAGGGGGAAGAAGUUGAGGAAGAAAGUGAGGAAGAGGUGGAAGAUGUUCCUAAGCGCCGCAAGCAAAAAAAAUGGAAGGUAAGAUUCUUUCUUGUGAUUGAUUUAUUCGAAGUCGAGUUCGGGACGUCACGGAUUUCUUUAUAUCUCUAACUUGACGAUGGGGAUCAUCUACAAUUGAACACAGGAUCCGAAUAAGCCCAAGAGAGCCAUGUCGGCUUUCUUCUGCUACUCGCAGGCUGAGCGUCCUAACGUGAAAGCGAACCACCCUGAUGCUUCCUUUGGAGAUGUGUAAGUUUAAACAGUCAUCGUCAACAUCGUUUUCCGAUUGUAUUGAAAUGGUCAUUUUGAUCGUGUGUUUAUGUUUGUUAUCUUGGUGUGGAAUUUUUUUUGCUAUGGCACCUGUAUGUGUGACUGUUGGUGGUGGUAAUAUUGCGUUUUUACUCGUACUGUAUUGCGGUGUGUGGAAGUGUGAUCCUCGAUUGUCAUCGUACAUCGCGAUAACAGCGUGUCAUCAACGCCUCCGCACAACGCACACAGCAUCGUGAGGGCCCCAAAACUAACGGGGAAAGCACGGAAAACGAGGUUGAACGAUGAGAACGACGAGCUGGUUUGAAUCCGUCGUUAACAUUACGUCGUAGGCCCUGGUAGAUUUUCUACGAUUGUUUUUCAGAACACUUUUACACAUUUCGCUGUCCACAUAGCUCAAUCCAAUCACAGUGUCUUCUUCGUUUCGCGCGAAUUUAUUUCGCGCGGUAAAAUUUAUUUUUCCGUACACACACGACUCCCGAAGUUUCCUGCAGUCACGGUUACGAAGUGAAUUAGAUUGAUUCGGAAUAAACAAAAUUUCUUACCUCCGUUCUUCUCUCGUCAAUCUUCCAACACCAAUCCUUCCACAUUCAGUGCCCGUAUCCUGUCGGCACAAUACAAGGCCCUCUCCGAAAAGGAGAUGAAGAAGUACAUCAAGAAGGCAGAGCAAGAUAAAAUCCGCUAUCAGGAGGAGAUGAAGCACUAUGUUCCCAUGGAUGAUCCAACAGGGGGCAAGCGCAAGAAGGCCAAGAAAGAUCCCAACGCACCCAAGAGAAACAUGAGUGCUUACUUUUUGUUUUCGGUAGCUGUCCGUCCGACGGUCAAGGCGGAGAAUCCUGAUGCCGCCUUCGGUGAUAUUGCCCGCAUUAUUUCUGCCCAGUACAAGGCACUCGGUGCCAAGGAACGCGAGAAAUGGGAUUCUAAGGCCGCAGCCGAUAAGGAGAGAUACCAACGCGAGAUGGAGGCGUACCGAGCUGGUAUGUAAGCACAUUCAUAAUUAUUUUGAGUGAAAGAGGAGUUGAUAUUUCAUUCGUUCGUUGGACAUGCACUACAUCAUCCAAGCCAUUUGUUCGCGGUUUCACCAAGAAUGUCCAUGUCAGCAUUACCGUGAAAUCCAAGAUAUCUUCGUGCCGUACUAUUCCAUUCUCGUAUACAUUCCAUUAUAUCAUAUCAUGAAACUUAUGCUUGGGGAGCAUGUCUUACCAGGGGCGCAGGGUUCGUUGCUUUCGUUGACAUAACUAAGUAAUCAAUACAACUGAUAACAUAUAAGCAGUACU